UGUUUUGUUUAUGCCUAUAGAAAUGUCACCAUUGCCAUUUCUGCUACUGCUAAGCCUUUGCUGGAUUCGUCCGCAAGCCUUUGAAACAACCGUUUGCGAUUGCUCAGAGCCAUUAAGAAUGGGAAUUCUUCAAUUCUCUGACGCAAAUUGCCGGCCAAAAGAAAUUGACAAAAAUAAUGUUCAAGUGAAAUACGGUGUUUACAGUGAAGAACGGGCAGCAGCUCAUUUUCCGGGAUAUAUUUGCGCAAAAUGGAAAAACAUUAAACACACUACUGUGAGUUUUUUCGGCCAGGUAGUGAUUGUGCCGGACAAAAUUUCCAUCGAUACGACACCUUCAGAGUGCAACGACAUGAUUACCCAUAAAAAGUGCAACGGAAAUGAGAUGAAAGCUUCGGAUAAUAAAUAUGUAUUCGAUCACGAUCCAACACCUUUGAAAUAUUGGAUGAGUACAGUAACAGCACAAAUUACUAACUGCGUCCUUGAAAAAGUGCAACUUUAUCAACAAAGUGAAGACACUAAUUUCCAGACACCUAUUGGCACAGCAUCCGCGACGGCAGGUAACUUGUCACAUAAUCAUUUAACAUUGGUAUGGGACACUUCCUACACGCAUCACACGGCACCAAUCAAUCGACUUGUUGAAUCUGGUGUCGGUACACUAACAAGACAGUUGGAAGGCGAAAAGUCGUUCCGUCUACAGGAUGACGACCAUCAAUUAGAUUUUCACUUAUGUGAUUCCCGAAAGGCGAAACACGAACGAGCUAUCGCAGCCGCUCAAUAUAAUGGAUGGUUAGCGGCUUCCCAAUUAAAUUUACCCCAGUGCACGAAACUCCAAGCUUUGGGUAGAACGGCAGUCGUCAUUCAAUGCAAAGAACUAAAUGUCACAUUUGACACCGUAGUGACCUCUUGCGGUCCACAACCAAAAUUCCAAAAUUUUACAAUAAACGUUGAUGGAUGGGAACUUGUAAAAUUUUCACCCUGUUAUUGGACCAAUGGAUUUGUCAACUUUAAUGGCAAGCCGUACGCAUUCCGUAAUAACACCUGGAACCCAAUCGAGGCAAAUAUUAUUUUACCGGAGCAGUCACUCGCCCACUCCUUUCGUUACGAAGAUGUCAAAUUUUCUGAUUACGAACAUCGAAGCAACCCAGCAUACAGUGAUACCAUGCUUAACCACAUGAAUAUCAUGGCCGAUAUUGCGGCAAAUAUGAACGAACACUCACAAGAUAUAUCUUCGGUACACGAAACAUUGAGUACCUCCAAUGUUUUGAUAACAGCAUCCAACGUCGGAACCUACACCAGCUGGUGGGUAAAACUGAAGGAUUAUUUUUACAUCGGUUUACUCUGUGUUUCCGGUGUGGUCCUCAUGCGUAUCUGCUAUUGCUUGGGAUUUUUCGAAAUGAUUCGGAGUCUAUGCUGUCCCAAAUGGAGAACUUCGACCACCGCAACUUCCGGAUCUUUCGAAUUCAAUGAGAGAUUACGGGACGUAAUCUCACGCAACCGGGAGUGA